AUGUUCUAUUCAUCAUCACCAACUUCCUCUAGAUCUUUAUCCAUGUUAGAAUUGGUCCCAAGCAAAAGUAAAAAAAACAAGGGUGGCUGUGGCCAAUAUAAAGAGGGAGAGCUCUACUUGCCAGACCUCAAAGUCAAACUGGAGGAAACCCCCUCUCUGGAACAAGAGAAUGUGGUGGAAGGUGAAAAUUUUGACAGCCUGAGUGAGGACUCAGCAGGGCUGUGGUUCAUAAACUGCAUGGACCAUGAUAUCCCAACUCCCCACAUGGAUUUCUUCAUUCCUUACAUGGCCUAUGGAUUCCUCAUCAUCCUUUUUGAUAGCUCCAACCCCUACUUCACUGCCCCUAUUGAGGCUCUUAACGAGUUUGCUGAGGUCUAUGUGGUUGACCCCCACCUUCAAGGCCUGGCUGAGGGCAUCAAUCAGGUUGUAAUUAUUCACAUUUCUGCUCUUUUUCUGUCUACAUUCUGA